UCAUCUGAAAACACAUGAAUUGAUAGAGAAGCAAGAAUUACUAAAAGCCUAAAUUAGAAUCCUUGUCCUCAGCGAUCUUUGACCAUACUCAGCUGGAAUGUUGUUAAUUGGACACUGCAGUACAUCGUUAAAUGCGCGCGUAGCUCACAGCAAACACGAAGCUUUGCUGCCAGAUUUCGAAAUCUAUUUUAAUCCUAAUCUCAUCAGUGGAGUUUGGUCUGCUCUCUGGUCCCUACAUGACCCCUGAAAUUAAAAUCGGGAUCCAUAAAUAUUACAACUAACGAUGACAAUAACUGUGUUCGUCAAGGAUCUAUGAAGAUGAUUCUGCCGAUGUCAUCAUUUUCUCCCAAAUUAAAACCACUUCUGUUUGUGUUAUGCUUGUAAGAUAUUUUUGUGCUGUGGCUUGUUCUGAAACAAACAAAGGAAGAAGAAAAUCUAAGAAAUAAAUCCCCUUUAAUCCGUCUUUUCAUCCAUGGUUUUGUAUUCUAGCGCUGCACAGCUGGAAGGUGUGAAAAGAUGAUGGUUUAUAUCUGCAUGAGCAAUCAUCAGAUUUCCCAGUUUUAUCACACAACAUCAUAGGGAGCUGCGUGAAAGUGUUUGUGAAAGUUGGCACCAUAAAUGUGAAGACGAGAGGUUUUUGUGAGAUCCUCAGCGUUGGUUAUCGUUUAGUGGAUACACAUGAGCAUCCUGUGUGAAGGAAUGUGCAUGCGUGUGCUGUGAAAGGCCAAAUGGCUCGCCCAUGUUUCUGUCUUUUAUAAUGAAUGAGCUCAGUAUCACUGUGUUACUCUAACCCUGCUGGGGAAACAAAGAGGGCCAGAGAGAAAGGAAAAACACAUGAAUAAUUGAGCUCAAAUCAGUUUAGUCGCUCCGUGCCUUCCUUCUUUCAGAGUCUGCACCUGGAAACGACUGGAUCAGAGAGAAGACAGACAAGCGAAGGCAUCUUAAAGUUAAAGCCCAAAUUUGGACUUUUUUUUACCAUCUCUAUUACAUUUUAAUAGAAGAAGACGUUGGACUGAGGAUCAUCAUGGUACCAUGGUGGCCCCACUGCUAGGGCUGGCCUUCCUGUUUCUGCGCCUCAGUCUGGCCAACCCUGUAAUAAAUGGGCUGCAGAUCACUACCACUGGGGAGGUGGUGUACCAGGAUACGAGUGUGUUUGGGGUGGUGGGCAGGGCGGUGAUUCUGGAAUGCGGCCCCACGUUGCCCAACAUGUACAUAUGGAGCUUCACCAUGCCCGGCACCGAAGCCAUAAAGGCUGUGCUGUACAAUCUGGGGCAGGGGGUAAGGAUCCAGAAGCUGGCCGAGACCCUCGGAGAGCUGACGCCCAUCUCAAGCAGUGCGGCUGUGACCAUCAAUAAGCUGCUCAUAGCUGCAGAGGGCCUGUACACCUGCCAGGCCUUUUACGACAUAACAGGGGAGACCAAAGUGUACUACUACUACGUGCGUCUCAUUGUCCGAGUUCCCAUCACCAACCCAUACCUCCUGAUAAGUGACACCUCUCCCGUGGAGGGCUCUACAGUGUGGAUGAGCUGCAAACUGGAAAACGGGACCGGGCCCGUCCAGUAUUCGUGGGAACACGAAACCCGCACCGGAAACAUCACAACGUUUGCUCAGAGCACCAGCAGCACAAUCAACGUGACCAACGUGAGCCGCAACAACACAGGCUGGUACCGCUGUGUGGCCAGCAACGACGUCAACAGCGAGAGCUCCAACCGGUUACUGCUGGACAUCAUCUUCGGACCAGACGUUCCUCAAAUAGACGUUACUCCGUACACAAUAACAGAGCGUGGCUACUCAGCACUGGAGAGAGAGACUGUCUCUUUGAUGUGUCAAGCCCAGUCCAAUCCGGCCAGUCAGUACGUCUGGUUCUAUAACAACUCCCAGGUCUACACUGGACCACAGUUCACCAUCACCAAGAUCCUCCGCAUGCACACUGGCGACUACUCCUGCCUGGCACAGAACACCUACCUAAACACCAACUCCAGAAAAACCAUCAGCCUGACUGUCUACUGUGAGUGUGACCUCGGAUCUUGGACUAUCCCGUCAGUCUUCUUACUCCUCUCUUUAUGUGUAGUCCAGGAUCCGUGUCCUAUCCCCACAGACCCACCUGACGGCUCCCCCUCCUGCUUCUUGGAGGCUCUGAAUUACACCUCUCUGAGACUGCUCUGCUCCUGGUCUGGUGGAUUGCCUUCCCCUUCUGUUAAGCGGACUGGAGACCUGAAGGAUGCUAAACAAGACCAGAUCGAGGCGCAGAAAAGCAGUUUGCUAACCAACAGUGCCCUCUUGCUGCUGUCUGAGGACCUCCCCUCCAGCAGCUUGUUUACAUGGGCGCACUCCCAUGUGGCACUCAGACAAUCUUCUGACUACAGAGCCAACGUGCGCCUCCUAUGUACUAGACAACCAGCAGAAUGUGUUUCUGUCAUGCUCCUGGGAUGGAGGGGCCCUAAAGGCAUUGGUGUGUUAUUUUUGCCCUUUCUGCCUUCAUCAGAAUACUCCCUCCAGGAACCAAAUGCCAGAAGUUACACAGUGGCAAAACUGACGCCCACCUUUACCUACCAGUUCCGCAUUGCACCUGUCAACUACCGCACCAUAGGACAUCCUUCUGCAGCAAGGACUCCAGCGGAACGAGGCAACAACAUGUACGGCGCUGUGGUCGGGGCAGCUAUAGGUGGGAUGCUCUUUGCCGCCAUCCUGACAGUGCUGCUGCUCAUCUACAUAGUCCGCAACCGCAACAAUAACCCCCGCCUACAUGACAUGCUGUUUGGCUCGCAGCACAGCCAGUCGAGGGAGAACAUCAACUUUCCGGAAGAUGAAGUGGUAGGAAGCUCAGAGGGAGGAACAGAGGAAAUGGGUGGACCAUCUAGUCCAGGAUCAAGCAUGGCUUUACCUCGGGCAGCUUCACCCCUCACUACUCCCCCGAGUGCCACCCCCACUGCCAGCCAACCCCCUCCCCCUGGAGAUGACGAGCCAGUGAGCGUCACCAUCACAGUCAAGGCUGCAGGCUCAUAACUAUUUAUUGGUUGUAGUUUUUUUUGUAGACAGUUUUCACUUUUCAGUCUUCUAUGAUUUCAACAUCAGUGUAAUUACAAUAAACACUUAAAAGC